AUGGAAUCUGAAGGGCAAAAGGGUACAGUGAAUCCGUCAGCUAUGUUGGCUUCCUUGCUCAGUAAGAGAGCCAAACUUCACGAGGAGCUUCGCAGUAUUGAAAAGCAGGUUUAUGAUAUGGAGACAAGUUAUUUACAGGAUCCUGGACAGUGUGGCAAUGUGUUAAAGGGAUUUGAAGGAUUUCUAUCUUCAACAAAGAACACUGCAUUCUUGAAGCGGUCUAGAAAGUUUCAGCCUGAAGAUAGGCUCUUUUCACUAUCUUCAGUGUCCUCACCAGCGGCAGAAGAGCUUGCGGUUGGACGAGAUGACGGGAGAUCAGAUUUUGGUCCUGGUCGUUCAAAAGGCGGGACAAUUUAUGCAAAUGGACAGGGUAAACCGAAGAAAGGAAGGGGUGCGCCAAGAGAUGCAAAGAGAGCAAGGGUGUCAAGUGAACAAGAUUUUGAUUACGAAGAUGAUCCUGACAUGCCAAUGUGA